AUGCAGAAAUGGAUGGAGUCCGGCGGUGAAUCUCAAUGGAAAGAGGAGAGCCAGACGUCCAAGCCGCUCGCAGUCGAAGUUAACGUUUCCUUCCCCGAUGCCGAGAUCUUUGGAGUCAAGAUGGUCAAUGGCCGGCCUACGCGUGCUGUGCUGAAGUUCACAAAUAAUGAGGAUGAGGACGUCAAUGUGCUGGUGGCAUUGGGAGCUCUCCUCACCCCAACCGAUGUCCCUGGCGCUCCUGAUCCACCACAGACGAUGCGCAACUUGACUGGCGCCAAAUUCGGUACCACGAUCCCAGCUAAGUCGAAGGAGGCCCUGACCUACUCGUUCGCGACUGUCAUGCAUCCUCAGGAUGUCACUCUCGAGCUGAAGACUAUUGUGGCCCGCGGACAGAGCCUCUACACCUUGACUGUGUUCAGAGAGGGUGUUUCGAUUGUGGAAGCUCCUGUCUCCAUCUUCGACCCGCAGAUGUCCGUGACUUCCCUCCCUGCAAAUUGCUUUAGUCGCUGACGCGGUAUCCACAGUAUCUUCCUGUACCUCUUCCUGGCUGCCGCUUUCGGCGGCACCUGCUACUUCAUCUACUCCACCUGGAUCACGACGCUCUUCCCCCAGAAGCGACGCGGCGGCAAGGGUGGCGAGCGUGCGAAACGAUCGACUGGAGGCAGUAAGCCCGUGGACCCGGCUGACCAGGUUGGUGUUGCUGGCGCUGACGGACCAGCCGUCGCUACUGGUGCAAAGGCAUACGAUGAGAGCUGGAUUCCCGCCCAACACUUGCAGAAGCCACAGGCAAAGAGGGUCGGAAGUGGAAGGCCAAAGAGCAGAGCAGCAUGA